UAUCUACGACGCGGAUGCAUCUGAUCAGACACCGACAUUGGUAUGUAGGGAAAGACGGAGGAGCGAGAGGACUGUCCCGUGUAAUUUCCGAUAAUUUGACAGUAACCCAACGCGCACGGAAGUGCUCUUAUUUUGAUACAUCCGGUUUAGUUGUAUCCUCUGAUAAAUCUCUUUAAGCGCACACGGACUGGUUACGUGCCAAACCGCGGAGGAGCAAGAUGACUGUCCCGUGUAAUUUCCGCUGAUUUGACUAUAAACCACCGCAUUCUGCUCGGGGGAGGCCGGGCGGAGAGGCGAGCAGUAGCGGUGGAUGGGCCCAAAGUCCCGCGCGACUCGUCGGUUGGGACUGUUUCGAUGGGGCGAACGCUGAAGAUGAGACAUCAAAUAUAAAUAAUAGUGUUAAAAAAGUGCAAUGUUGAAUUUAUUCUAUUUGCCGGUGACUAUGGGGUCCCUCCAGCCAUGGUGACCUAUGACCCCAGUCUGUCCUAACUCCUAAUCCAGUCCUGAUCCACCAGAGGACUUGCAAGGAGGCGAUGGGAGACAGCUACAUGUACCGGCGACUUCCCUACGCCAGAGGAGGCGAGGAAGGCGACGAGAAGGAUGGAGAGGAGGGAGGAAGGAUGCGAGAAAGUGUCGGGCGACAGAUGAUGCAGGGCGAGGAAGGCACAGAGUGGCUGCUGGAGCUGCUGACCGACGUCCAGCUGCAGCAGUACUUCCUGCGCAUCCGCGAUGAGCUCAACGUCACGCGGCUCUCGCACUUCGACUACGUCAAGAACGAAGACCUGGAGAAGAUCGGCAUGGGCCGCCCUGGUCAGAGGAGGCUGUGGGAGGCCGUCAAGAGGAGGCGAGCGCUUUAUAAACGAAAGUCCUGGAUGAGCAAGGUGUUUCCUGUGAAGCGGCCCGACGCCGACCCCCAGCAGCCCGUCCCGCAUGGCGCGUCGUCCGGCGGUGGGGCCACACCCACCAGCGACUCUGCAGCCUCGCUCACCUGCCUCAUCCGAGAGUCUGAGCUGCAACUCUUUGAGCGCUUGGGCGACGGCACGUUCGGAGUGGUGCGCAGGGGCGAGUGGAGUGCCCCCAGCAGUCGAGUGCUGUCAGUGGCGGUGAAGUGUCUCAAGGCCGGCGUGCUGGACUCAGACGGCCUGGAUGACUUCAUCAGAGAGGUGAAUGCCAUGCACUCCCUCAGCCACCAGAACCUGAUCCGCCUCUAUGGGAUUGUCCUGACACAGCCCAUGAAGAUGGUGACUGAGCUGGCGCCUCUGGGCUCGCUGUUGGACCGUCUGAGGAAACGUCAGGGGCACAUUCUGAUCUCAUCACUGUGCAACUACGCUGUGCAGGUGGCGUGCGGUAUGGCCUACCUGGAGCAGCGCCGUUUCCUCCACAGAGACCUGGCGGCCCGCAACGUGCUGCUGUCCACCAACGAAACGGUGAAGAUCGGAGACUUUGGCCUAAUGAGAGCGCUGCCAUCACACGCCGACCAGUACGUCAUGGAGGAGGGACACAAAAUCCCUUUCCCAUGGUGUGCUCCAGAAUCCCUGAAAUCUCGGACCUUCUCGCAUGCGUCCGAUACCUGGAUGUUUGGGGUGACCCUGUGGGAGAUGUUCACCCAUGGACAGGAACCGUGGCUGGGCCUGAAUGGAAGCCAGAUCCUCCACAAGGUGGACAUGGAGGCCGAGCGGCUGUGCAAGCCAGACGACAGUCCUCAGGACAUCUACAAUGUCAUGCUACAGUGCUGGAGCCCCAAACCUGAGGAUCGGCCCACCUUUGUUGCCCUGAGGGACUUCCUGAUGGAGACCAUGCCGACAGACAUGAGAGCUCUCCAGGACUUUGCAGAGGAAGACAAACUUGAGAUUCAAAUGAAUGAUGUCAUCACCAUCAUAGAGGGAAGGGCAGAGCACUACUGGUGGCGAGGCCAGAACAGGCGAACAUUGCGCAUGGGCCAGUUCCCUCGCCAUGUGGUGACGGCGGUAGCCGGCCUAUCCGCCCACGACAUCAGCCGUCCGCUCAAGCACUCGUUCAUCCACACGGGACACGGGGACACCGACCCUCACCGGAGCUGGGGCCACGCCGACCGCAUAGACAGUCUGUACUUGGGGAACCCCAUGAAGCCCCCUGAUGUUCUCGGAGUGGACCCUUGCAUGUCAAGACCAACCAAGCUCCCCAACCGUGCCAAGAAGCAACCCCCUCCCCGUCCUCCUCAACCUGCAGUGUUGCUGAAGAAGCCCUACUACGAUUCCGUGAUGGAGGAUUAUGAUGACGAGGAUGACCCCGCCGGCACUCGCCCCGGCCCCAAGAGGCUCGGCGUGUCCCUGGGCCUCAAGCUUCGCCCGUGGGAGGCCUGCUGCGGCACACAGGCGGAAGCCAGCGAAGUGUCGCUCAUCGAUUUCACAGACGACAGCUUCAGCUCGACCACGCCCUCGCCGCUCACUGAGACGCAGCAGCCAGACGAGGACACGCUGAAGGACACCCCCUCCAUCCUGGACUGGCCCCUCCCACAACCUGCUUAUGAUGAAGUGGCUACAGAGCUCCAGGACCAAUCGGAGGACCAGGAGGUGCGAUCCAUCAACAAGGGGACAACUGAAGAGGCCUCGCCCACUCCCUCCAGUGCCGCCGUGUUGGGCAGGAAUGAGUCGCAGUCGGCUGACCUCUUCCAAGAGCUCCAGAGAGAGGUGAUGGUGAAGCUGCAGGUUCCCAUGGCGACAGGUCGCUCCCUACCCUCCUCGCCGCUCCCGCUGCCACUGGCCCCUCUCGCACCUCACCGGCAGAUCUACCUGCCCCCGCCUUUGCCAUCCUCCAGCUUCACGUCGGGCUUCGGGGACCGUCCGGUGGUGCCGCCUCGCAGCCCCGCCCCUCCGCUGCGCCCUUCCAAGGGCGCCUCCCACCCACAUCACAGCUCCAUCUCCCUGGAGCUGGAGGACACGCCUCCUCAGAUCCCUCCCCGGGACCGCGCUCUCUCCCAGCCCGGCUCACGCUCUUCCUCACCCCUCACUCUGGCGCCACCAGCGGCAUCCUCCCCCCUCCUUCCACCUCCCCCGCUUUCCGUCUCCCCCCGCCGGGCAUCUGGCCUCCUGGGUCCACUCCUGUCCUCCUCCUCACCUCCCAAAGUGGCUCCUCCUGGUUCUUCUUCCUCCUCGGACCCUCUGGCCUUGCGGGAGGCUCGGGGACUCUCCUCUGUGAUUGACAGCUCACAGAGCGCCGUCCCGGCCCCGUUGCCAGAGCGACCAGCUUUACUGGAGAGAUAUGGAGCAGCCAAUAUGGCCGCAGUCAAACCCAUGAUGCAGCAGCCUGUCCGGGCCAAGCCCAACUCCUCCUGCAACAACAACAACGGACGGCCGGCAGCUCCCAGCAUGCAACAGGAGCUGAGCAUCUCGCAGGUGCAAGGAGCCGUUCAUGGGGUCACGCUGGACGAGUGUCAGGCUGCACUGCAAAGUCACAAUUGGGGAAUCCAGCAGGCUGUUAACCAUUUGAAGUAUGAUACCAUUGUUGAUGAAGGUGGAGCAGUUGUUUCGUCUGGGCCUGCGGUCCCGGUCCGACUGCGAGGCACUCCUGCAGCGCUGCCAGUGGAACCUGGAACAGGCCAGCUCGCUCAUGCUGGACACGUAUGGGCCGCACUGCAACAGGAAGUAAGAGCCGUGACACAACUGUCCUAGGACGAGCACCCGGCACUGAAUGUUCUCCUCUUGUAUGUACUGUGAAUAUCUGCUAGCAAUCUCUGUGGCACAAUGGAACCGCUUACUUGAACACGUGCUAUGUUAUUUAUUUUCACUACAUGACUGUCAUAUUUGGGAUGUACAUACUUACUGCAGCUUUCAAAAUUCCACAAAUACACAACGCUUCUCAUGUCGUGUAUUCGCAGGUGGAAAUAAAAGUGGUAUGGAAGAGAAUGCUUCCAGUAAAGCGGGAAGUGCGCCUAUAGUGUCUUGUCUGCCUGAACCACUUCCCCCUCCCCCGGGAUCAAACGAUCAAAAGUGGCUGUGCAUUGUGGCGUGCUGGAUCAGUGUGUUAUCCCUGGACAGCCUUGCUGAUCCGCAACAGCACUAAGCACUCUCGUUGCAGUUACCAAUGGUGCAUGACACACACACACGCACACAUACACACACAGGCAGGCAGAAAAUCAACCUCAUGACUCAAUGAUAUUUGUAGUAUCAAAUGGCAUGGCUAAAUUGAUGCUAGGCAAAUAAAUAAAGGCUGAAUGAUUCUGAAUGGAGUGCGUUUCUCUACUGUGGCAUUUUAAUAAGUUUGAUAAAUUCCAUUUUUGUCAGUCAUGUGCUUACUUGUCUUGACC